GUGGCUUGCUUGCCCCAGUCCUUGGGCACGAACUCUAUACAGCUGCGAGACUUCUUCGGUUGGCCUUUGGCCUUCGAGUCGAUGUUGUCAAUGGCUUUCAACACCUAUGGAGGCAAUAACUACGAGGAGAUAUCUGUCGCAGACGAACCAUUGCUAAAAUGGUUUGUGAUGGCAUUCGCUGCGUGCUGGCAUGUGUACCUCAUGAAUCUCAUGGUUGCACAGUUGUGCCAGCGCUACAACGACAUCUUCCACGACGCGCGGGGCAAUGCACGACUGACCCGUGGCAUCAACAUUUACGAGACCUCCAUGCCAUUGAUCUCCAAGAAUCGAUGGGCUCGGUUCGUCGAGUCUCUGCGGCUGGGGGAAGCCUGCGAGCUGGACGAAGGCGACAACGGCCCUCGAGGCGCGGUGCCGACCGUCGAGAACCCGUAUGACUAUUUGCAAUAUCCGGCAGUGGAGCUGGAUCGGGUGCAGCGCUAUGGAGGCCUUGCGAAUCCUGAGCUUCCCUGGCCAAGCCUUGAAGAGGCUGUGGAUGACAGCGCAGUCGGUCGGUUAACAAGGAUGACCAAGGCCAAGUUCGAAGAGAUGGACAGGCUCAUGGUGGACAUGGCCGUCAAGCUUGGUGUGCGGUCUGCUAGCCUUUCUGGCAGCGGCACCGAGAAUGCUUCGCAUGCCUCGCAGCACAAGGAUAACAGCAAAGUCAUGGACACGGAGCCGACAGGGCACAUGAAGGAGGAGCUUGAGAACGACGCGACCACGGAAGAGCUGUCUCCAAAGGAUGCCAUUCAGGAGGCGGAAGAGGUGUAG